AGGCUGGGGGGAAAAAGCGCAGCGGGGUGGACGGGAGUGACUUACUCCCGCCUUCAGAUCGCACGUGGGGGUGGCUGAUGUAAGACCCGCCUCGGGAGCUUCCCCGCCCGCAGCUAAGCUGAGACCCCGGGGUCCCUCCUCGACGCGCCCAGAGGCGGGUCUCCAGCCCGCGCUUGGACGUUUGCCGGGAGGGCUGAGGGGGGGACUUUACAGCCCGGCUUCGGGGGUCCCUAAGGCCAAGUCCUUCUGCGGAGGCUCGGCCAGGCCAGCCCGACACCCGAGAAGGCGGGAGACUUGUAGAGAGCGCGGGACGAGGGCUUUUGGGUGCACCUCCCGCUCCUCCGCACCGUGUGGGGCCAACAGCCCGAGUCCCGCGUCUCCUUGACCGGGUGGGGCUGGAAGUGCUGCGAGGAUCCUCGUCGGGGGGCAGAAUCGCGGCGGGCCCGCGUUCUACUGCGUGGCACCGGGCGGAGUCGGCCUUCGUGGCCGGCGGGGACACGGCAGCCCCGGCCGCUUGCCCAAGCCACAGGGGAGCCGAGCGUCCCCAAGUCCGGGAGAAUCUCCCUGGGUUUUCUAACAUUUAAAUAUAGGCUAGCGAAGGCAGCAAUUAGCAUCUCUAAUGGGGCCUCGGAGUUUACAGAGUUUCUUCGAAGACUUUUAUCUCGUUUAUUUUUAAGGGCACCCCAGUGAGGUGUGUGAAUUCUCUAUGGUCUCCAUUUCGGGGAUUGGCAGGUAGCCUUUGUAAUGGACUGGCUCAGAGAGCGCCCUGAGAGACAGGGUUAGAGCACUAAGUCGGCUUUGCAGAGCUCAGGGAAAUAAUGUAACGUUACAUUCAGCUUAAAAUAAGUAAAUACGUCACGUGUCAAAUCAGGUACCAUCUUAAUUCUAGUAUGGACAAGAGGCUCCAAGAUUGAGAACAAUUUAUGAAUAGAGAAAACCUUACAAUUCUAUGCAUUAACCUAAGGUUUUCUUCAAGUUAAGAAAGACUGCACUCUUCCAUUUCACCUAAGUUCAUUUAGUGGCAAACAAAACUACCUAUAUCAAUUUUUAAAAUAUCAGAUGCAUUAAAAUGUCAAAGCAAAAAAGGUUUUAGGAGGAUUAUGGGAAAAGGCAAAAAAAACUUUCUAGUGUGUUGUUUCCUGAGUCUUGUAUUUAAAAUGUUAGUCUCAGCAGUCAUCUCUGUGACAGGAAAAUGAUGAGGGAAGUGCUCUUCAGGAUGUCACACUAGGUCUGUAACUGUAAGGUUAUGAGAACCACAGGGCCAUGAGAUGAAGGCUUUUACCAAAAAACUAGCAAAUUAGUUCCAUGAGCUAACAAGCAGUGAUUGAGCAUCCACUUUUAGGGCUUAAUACGUUCUUUCUAAUUUAAUGCUCAGACUACCCUGUGAAGUAGAUUGUAUUUUUGUCGUUUUACAGAUGAGGAACUGAAGCUGUGUGGCCAACAAGAGGUGGAGCUAGGGUUUAAACCCAGAUGGGUCUGACUCCAAGGCCUGUGUCUUUUCUGCUACACUAUCAGUCUGUGUGGAAUGAAGUCGUAGCAUGGGGGUCUGCUUUGGAACAGUAGGUUGGGAACAAUUGUAGAGAGGCUUUAAUACCAAACAGAGGCUGCAGGCACCAUCUUGUAGGUAAAGGGGAGAUGCUGAAGGAGACUGGGACGUGGUAGCUCUGUGCUAGAGAGAGUGGGAACCUGGUGGCUUGUGGGGGAGGUGAUAUCAAUCCUUAGGGAGAAAGGGCAGAAGCUUGGAAUCCUGUCCUCUCUUUAUGACCAACUCAAGGGUAUGAGGACUCACAAGAUAAAUGUGUGUUUUAUAAGAUUAAGCUACAAAGUAAUUAAUAAACAUAGCCACAAUGUGCAGCAAAUAAAAAGAAAGCAAAAGAGCCAGAAGAGGGACUACAGACCCGGCACUGUCCCUUCUGACACAGCCGGUGCUGGCAUGCACCUCUGUGAACAAAGAGCAUGUGUUCCAGUGACAUGCUUCUUUGUCAGGGGCUUCACUGCCAAAGGCAUAAAUAACACAGGCAGAACAGGGUGUGUCUCACUACCCUGCCAACAUCUUCCACUGGACUGUCGGUCCACAGGCCUGAAGGGGCUGUUGUCACAGUGCCCUGGUUUUGAAUAUUGCUGUACUUAACAUCAUUCUGUGUAUGCAUCUGGGUGUGAGAAAGAAGUAGAAUAUUGAACUGUAUCUAAGCUGCAAUCAUUAUCAUGAUUUUGGAUUUAUGGAUAUGAAGGACUGGAAGGGAAUAAGGAAAAGCGAAAACAUCUUAGUUUGUGAGGGAGUCUGAACUAUGGGUAAAUCUCUUUUACUUCCAUUGAUGUUAAUGUUUACCUAAUAAGUAAUACAGAUAUCAAACAAUGCCUGGUUUUGGCACUCCUUUGAGUCUUAAAACUGCUUGUUGAUCAGAAUGUGUGUAUUCCAAUAAGCUCCAAAAUGUCUGAGGAGAACACUCGGAGCUAGUUUGUAACUCCUUGGAUCUGCUCUCCACCCCACUGCCUCAGCAAUGUCAUCAGAUGAUCAGAGCCUUCCACAAACUUUGUGUCUGUGAACAGACUUCAACAAAUCUGAAGAUGAAACAGGCCCACUCAGGCAUUUGCUUAACUGGCCUUGAAACCAGUUUUGCAGAAUUGGCACCUUUUCUCUUUAGGAAAGACAGUAUAUGAAGGUGAUGCAUAAGAUGGGGUGAAGAAAUCAUUACUCUUUAAAUAUUAAACACUUCCAUUCUUUCCCUCCUCUCCCAUACACAUUUGCAUACACUGGUAAAUCUGUCCUCUGAGUCUCCACAGUAUGGUCUGUGUGCCUGUUAUAGCAGCUAGGCAACACGUGGGAGUUGUUGAAGGAUCUAAAUUCUCAGCAAGACUGUGAGCUCAUACAAAUAUUUCUGGAUGAUAUGAAUGGAGAGCAGGAGCCUGGGGCCAUCUUUAGAACAUAGGUGCCCUGCAAAUGUGUUAUGUUGAAAUAAUGUCACGUGUACUCAAAAAUACUACCUAGAAACAGCUGAGACACUGAGACAAAGGGAGAGAGGAAGGCAAAUAGUUGGGUGAAAAUGGGUUAAGGAAUAAGAUCUUGUUAGUCACCAGAUGGUAAAAAAAAAAAAAAAAAAAAGAGGAGGGGAAAGUGUCAGGUGUGCAGGCAGCUGCAGGUCCAGUAAGGGGCCCCUACCAAGACAGCCAGAUUCCGUUCUGCUCUCUGAAACAGCUGUAGGUGCGUGGCCUUCCUGGGGCAGCAAGGAAGAGCUAUGACCACCAAGAGUCGGGUUUAACAUUUAUUAAACACUAUCCUUAUGCCAAGUACUAUGCUUGGGACUUUUGUGUACAUUGCAUCUCAGUUAAUCCUGGCACCAGCUCACUGGGACAAGACUAUAAUUCCCUUUUAUUGUUUAGGAAACAGGCUUAGCAAAGCCAAGUGGAACUCACAUAGCUAGUAAGAACCUGGAUUUCUCUGUCAUUAAAAUCUCACUGUAAUUCAUUCUCAUUACUUUGAUCCACUAGUCUUCACAACUGCUUCUGAAAACUUUGAUCCACUAGUCCUCACAACUGCUUCUGAAAAGCCUUUUUGUUUUCUCUGCUUUAAGAAGAUUUACAUGCUCAAGGAGGGAGUGGAGAGGAAGUUACAAAAAAAAAAAAACCUGAAGAAAAUAUUAAAUUUUAAAAUUAGAUUCCUACUAUUGAGACAUAUCCACCAUUAAGGUGUAUAUCCUUGUGGCUUUUUUUCCCUAUAUUAUACAUAUUUUUUAAAAAAACAAUAUUGGGGGGACUUGGCUGGCGGUGCAGGGGUUAAGACAGCACUUCCACUGCAGGGGGCGCGGGUUCCAUCCCUGGUUGGGGAACUAAGACCCGCAUGCCACGUGACGCGGCCACAAAAUUUAAAAAGAAAACUAUGUUUUCACGAUUAAAAAAAAAAACAAUAUUGGGAUCAGAUUGAAGAUUUUUGCUUGAAACUUGUUUUUCCAGCUACCACUAUGGUAAGUAAUGAGUUAAUACUCAUGACAAAUACGAGUGUUAACUUUGCUCAGUGUUUUUCCCUUUUUAGAGAUGGACUCUAGUAAUGUGGGAAUCCACUCCAUUACUUACAGGCUGUGUGCUUUGGGACAAACCACAUAACCUCUAGGAGCCUCAGGCUGCUUAUCUGGGGACUGUUGUGAGGAUUAGACAUGAUCCUGUGGGUGAAGCUCCUACCUGGCGCCGUGCCUGGCACUCUCUCUGUGCCCCAGUCACAGUCACUGCAAGGCAGAGUCCCUCCCUUCUAAGCAGAGGCCCAGAGCUUGCUAGCCUCCUCAGGGGUUGGCAAAGUUCUGCUGUGGCCAUUAGUCUUCCACUUCUGCUCCAUGCCCUUCAUCUCCUGUAGUUACCUUGCCCUUUUGGCUGAGGGACGGGCUCACCUCAAACCAAUGUAAGUUGUUUAUUUAUUUAUUUUUAUUUUUUCUUUUUGGCUGCACCGAGUGGCUGGCGGGAUCUUAGUUCCCCGACCAGGGAUUGAACCCGGGCCACCACAGUGAAAGCGCUGAGUCCUAACCACUGGACCGCCAGGGAAUUCUCUAAUCAAUUACCCCUCUGGGACAGUUUAGUAAAUGGAAAGCCAGUGGACAAAUGACAGAAGACCAGAAGUUUAUUCUCUGGAGACAUGGGCUCAGAGCGGCACUGGACUCGGGGACACCAGGCCCAGUGAGAGAACUCUGCUCCAAGAGUAAAGAGAUCUGGAUCCUGGUCCUGGCUUUUCUGUGUCAUUCAGGGUUCUUGUGGAAGUCAGACCAAACAGCAGGAAGGUAUUGCAGCAAGAUGGAUUUGGGAAAGGACCAGUCUCACUUGAUGCUCCAUCAGACACCUGAUCCUCAUCAAGAAGAGAACCAUGUUCCAGAAGUCAUUGGAACUCGGAAUUUAAGAAACAGAGAGCAACUCAGAAAAAGAAAAGCUGAAGCACAAGAAAAGCAAACUUCACAAUGGCAAUUUGGAGAGAAAAAACACAAGCGGCAGAGAACAGGAAAAAGAAGUGAAAGAGGCAGAAAGAGACAACAAAAUACAGAAACGAAGGUGGAGCCUCUGUCACAAUUAGAAAAGGAAAUGAUGGAGAAAGCACCAGCACCUACAGAGAAAGAAACUGAACCACCCAGGAGUGUGACCGAAGCUCUCCUUCCGGUAGCCUCCACGCAAAGAGUUGUGCCCAAGAAACCUUUUUCUGAAAUAGGUCAAGAAAGCAUUAUCCAUCAGGAAAAUUCUUCUGAAUACCAAGAAACAGCAGUACAAAACCACCCUUCUGAAAUACGCCAAGAUAUGGCUGAAUCUGAAGACCUCUCUCCUAAAAUGUGCCAAGAAAUAGCUGUAUUUCAAGACCAUCCUUCCAAAAUGUGCCAUGAUAUGGCUCAACCUGAAGACCUCUCUCUUAAAAUGUGCCAAGAAACCGCUGCAGCCAAAGCCCUUUCUUCUAAAACAUCUGAAGAUAUAGCUGACCUGGAAGGAUGCCCUCUUGAAGCAUACCCCAAACCAGAAGUGCCUAAAGGCUACACUCUUGAAACAUACCAAAAAAGAGCUGAACCUGAGGAACACAAUUCUGAACUAGGUCAUGGAAUAGCUGAGACUGAAAACUUUGUUCCUAAAACACAAGAAAUAGCUGUGCCUAAAGAGCUUUCUAUAAAAACAUACCAAGAAACAGUUGAAACUGAACACUUUUCUCAUAAAUCAUAUAAAGAAAUUGCUGUGUCUAAAGCCCCCUCUCAUAAAACAAUCCAAGAAACACCUGCUCCUGAAAAAUAUUCACCUGAAAUAUACCAAGAAACACCUGGGUCUGAAGAAUAUUCACCUGAAAUAUACCAAGAAACAGCUGGGCCUGAAGACUAUGCACCUGAAAUAUACCAAGAAACACCUGGGCCUGAAGACCUCUCUACUAAGACAUAUAAAGAUAAGGAUGUGCCUGAAGAAUGCUUUCCAGAACUGUACCAAGAAAGAGGUGGGCCCCAAGACCAGGAUCCUAAAGCACACCAGGAAGAUGCUAAGGAUGUUUAUAUUUUUCCUUGAGAAAUGAAGGAAAAACCCAAAGCAGAAGAACCAGAGAUACCAGCAAUUCCAAAUGUUCCUCAAGAGAUUCACCCAGAAGAUGAAAUUUGUAGUUCUUUUGCUUUAACCAUGUUCAACUAUCAUAGUUGUCCAACAAAAUUCACAUCUUAGUACAUUAUAUGUGUGAUUUUUCUCAACAUAUGGUAGAAAUCUCUACAAUAUUCAUUAAUAUUUUAAAAGUGGUUUUUCCCCCAUAUAUAGGCCAUAUCUGAAAGAGAGAACUGAUGUGAUUUUUCAGGCUCUACCACAUAGACAACAUCCUGGUAGUGUGUGUGUGUCUGUGUGCACGCCCAUGCGUGUGCACUCAUGUGUAAGUGUAGGUAUAUUAGGGAGAGGAUAGUGGUGGGAACAGACUUAAUAAUUUUCCUGCCCUUAAGAAUUAGUCAAAUAAAUGUUUGUUUUCAGGGGAAAAUUACUGAGCCCUCCCUUUUCCCAUUUUUAAGUCUGAACAAUUAAAAUUUGAGGAAGUAUAUAGUUUUCUUAUAAACUUUGUUCAAUUACUAAUGUAACAAUAGCAUCAAAAUCUUAUUCAGGCUUCAGAUGGCUUUUAAGAAUUUAACAAUUUUAACAAUUCUUAUUCUGGGACUCCUUCAAAGAUAUUUUGGAGUGAUGAAUGUAGUUGUGUAUUUGAAUUUUGAUUUUCUACUUUUACUUUUUAUACAUUGUAAUUGUGCAAAAUGUACAUUAAA